AUUUAUAUAUCUCCGAACAGAAGAGAAGUCGGUUACAAAUUUCUUAUAAGUAUAAAACAGUUAGCAACUACUUAACCCGAAGAACCAAUUCAUAUUCCAAUUUCCCUCUCUUCCUUUCAGUGGAAGCUUUUAAGUUGGGAGGGGAAAAAGAAAAAACGAAGAACACAGUCAGUUGAAUUGCCUUUUUUUUUUUUUUUUGGUUUUAUAAAUCUCUGGAAAUCAAGAAUCAGGAAUUCAAAAACAAAGAUGCCAAUUGAAAUGCCAAGAGGAUUACCAUUUUCAGUGGACACAUGGAGUCCCACUUCCAAGAGAAAGAGGCAUUAUUUCUUGACUCAUGCCCACAAAGAUCAUUGCUCUGGGAUUUUAGCCCACUCUUCUUAUCCUAUUUACGCUACCCAUCUCACCAAAUCUCUUCUUCUUCUUUAUUUCCCUCAGCUCGAGGAUUCUCUGUUUGUGGGUAUUGAGGUGGGUCAAUCUCUGGUGAUCGAUGACCCAUAUGGGAAUUUUUCGGUUACUGCUUUUGAUGCAAAUCACUGCCCUGGAGCUGUAAUGUUCUUGUUUGAGGGCAGUUUUGGUAAUAUCCUGCACACGGGAGAUUGCAGGCUCAGUCCAGAAUGUAUACAAUGUCUUCCAAAGAAGUACAUUAGCAAGAAUGGAAAAGAGCCUAGAUGCCAACUUGAUUAUGUUUUCCUGGACUGUACAUUUGGGAGAUUCCAUCAGAAACUUCCAAGCAAGCAUUCUGCAUCACAACAGGUUAUCAAUUGUAUAUGGAAGCACCCUGCUGCAGCUAUAGUAUAUCUGACUUGUGAUCUUCUUGGUCAAGAAGAGUUAUUGGCUAAUGUCUCUCGAACUUUUGGUUCCAAAAUAUAUGUUGAGAAAGCUGCUAAUCCAGAAUGCUUCCAUGCUCUGACACUCACAGUUCCUCAAAUCCUCACUCAAGAUCCAUCUUCACGUUUCCAUGUGUUUAAUGGAUUUCCCAUGUUAUAUGAAAGAGCAGCUGCAAAAGUGGCAGAGGCCCAAGCUAGUUUUCAGCCAGAGCCUCUGAUUAUCCGCCCUUCAGCUCAGUGGUAUGCAUGUGAGGAAGAGGAGUCAGGCACUGAAAGUCGAAGAAAAUUGAGACUCAGUGAAGCAGUUAGGGAUCAAUUUGGCAUUUGGCAUGUUUGUUAUUCCAUGCAUUCUUCAAGGGAAGAACUAGAGUGGUUUCUGCAGCUUCUUGCACCUAAAUGGGUUGUGUCAACAACACCCCCUUGCCGGGCCACAGAACUAGAAUAUAUUAGGAAGCACUCCUUUGGAAAUCAAUUAACUUCAGAUGAUCCCAUCUGGAAGCUCUUGGACAUCAGUGUGGAAGCUUCUCCUAAAGCAGGUCUAUCAGCAAGAGGCAUUGGCUGUUCUCCUGCAGGCAAAGAACCUAAACAAACUUCUGUUGAAUCUCAAUUGCCACCUGUUAAAGUCUCUUCUAGUCUACUCAUGAGCUUGUCUCCACCAAGCAAAAGGCCAGCAGUGACUUUAUUUGGUAGAGCUAGGCUGUGGAUCCAAGAUUCUAAUUUCCUAUCCGAGGAAAAACUAGCAAUUCCAACGGAUCAAGUAAUUGCCAAUGAAGUAGAUCGAGAAGUCGGAGUUGUAGAGGACACUAUAAUGAAAUGUGAAAACAAAUUGGAAUGUAACUCAGGAAUCCAUGUUGCCGGACACUGUGAGAAGUUUGUGAAGAAAGAACCUCAUAAGAUAGUGUCUUCUUCCACUAUUAGAUCAUCAAGAAACUCGAGUGAAACCUUGAGAAAGCUGUACAGGUCAAUGAAUGUACCUCUGCCAAGGCCUCUUCCCUCGUUGGUAGAUCUUAAGGAUGCCGAUAAACGAAACAAGAGAAGAAUGGGAUUCUAACCCUACAUUUCCUUCAAUACCCGAAACUUAAUCUUUGCUUUCAGGGGACACUGGAGGCAAAUGGGAGAGAUUCCUAGUCGGAGUAUGAGGAGGCCAUCUUUAAUAGAUGUUGCAGUCGCAGUACAGUUAAUGUUGUGAUAUUACUUGCGUAUGCUUAGCAUCUCUUAGUUCAUUCUUGCAUGAAAAAUAAUGCACACGUCACUUUGGAUUCCCAAGGUGCAGCCAGUAAAAUAAUCUGACACAUUAUGGCUUUUUUUAAUAACUUAUUGACAUGUCAGAAUUUCUGUACUAAUAAUUAUAUUUUUAUUUUAUGAAAAUUAAUAACAAUUUGUAUGAACGGAUGAGCCAAUGACAAAAAGAGCAUGAAAUUACUUUUUAUCAAAUAAAGUUUUCUUUUUCUU